AAGACGUUUCCGGCCCGCCGCCGGAAGUGCAUCCGUUUACAAGAUGGCGUCCCCAUAUGUGUCGGGUGAAUCUGGGAAGUACAUCGCGGCCUCGCAGCGUCCAGACGGGACCUGGCGGAAGCCUCGGAAAGUGAAGGAUGGAUACGUGCCUCAGGAGGAGGUGCCUGUGUACGAGAAUAAAUACGUCAAGUUCUUCAAGGGCAAGCCUGACCUGCCUCCGGGGAUGAAUCCUGAAGUGGCACAGGCCAAACAGCAGGGGGUGCCGGUGAGCACUGACACAGCCGGGCUCUCCAAAACAGCCAAGCGCAACCUGAAACGAAAAGAGAAGCGGAAACAGCAGCAGGGCAAGGGAGGCGAGGGAAAGGAGGACGAUGAGGAGGAGGAACAGGAGGAGGAGCUGAGCGCUGCAGUGGAGAAGCUGGAGAUCAGCAACCGGGCGCCCCAGCAGAACGGCAGCAAGCCCCAGCAGAACAGCAGCAAGCCCCAGCAGAACAGCAGCAAGCCCCAGCAGCAGAAGCAGGAGGCCCAUGCCAGCUCUGCCACUGACAAAGCCAAGAAGAUCAAGAACCUGAAGAAAAAGCUGAGGCAGGUGGAGGACCUGCAGCAGAAACUGGACAGUGGAGAGGUGACAGAGCCGACUCCGGAGCAGCUGGAGAAGCUGGCGCGGAGGAAAGCCCUGGAAGCUGAGAUCGCAGAGCUGGAAUCGUAGGCAGGGCUAUCCAGAGCCAUCCAGGGCUGCCCUGCAUUCAGUUACCUUUCCAUCCCACAACCUCAGAAAGCACAUUUGCCCAUCCCUUUCCAAACAGCUUUCUUCCGCAGCAGCAGAACGUGUGUAAUUCAUAAAAUACAUUACAGUAAAGGUGUAGGGGGCAGUGGGUCGUGUUGGUGGAAAUGGGCUAAAGACUGGUUCAUACUAUACUAUAAACUGUACGCUAUACACUGCACUGUACACCCUGCGUCACAGGUGCAUUGGUGAGCUGGAGUUGAGGGGGUCAUGAAUACUGAACUGCUUGUUGAGGUGCUGGGACUGAAAUUCCCUUUUUUAAGUCAGACCUCCAGUCUCUAAGCAGUGCUGUGUUUUAGAGCUACGCUGACCUUGUCGAAUAGACUCUGAGCGAUCGGGCCCAUGCCAAACUUAACCCUGCUAGACCCACCCUGAUUGCCUUGAUGUCUUCUGGCAGAUCAUUUCUAUAGAGCUUUGAAACAAACAGAAACCUUUUUAUUAGCGUCGCUGCAUUCUCAAAGUCCCUGGUUAUGUUCCUGCUGUAUUUUCACUUGGCCUUUAUUUUACUGUUCUUGCUGUUUGCAAGGAUUCCGAGUGGUUCUGUAACUCCAGCGUUGAGUUAUUAGCUGAUGGAAUGGGCUGCUCAGUCCUGGGAAUAAGGAUUCUCCAGGCAAGCUGAAAGCCAGGGGGAAUUCAGAGAAACAUGCUGAUAACUCCGUAUCGGAGGAACAGAACCACUCCGAACGAUUGCAAACAGCUCACUAGAGUCAGGGCAAGUCGGGUGACAUUUGAAGCGACUCGCUGUUUAAAAUGAGUGCUGAUCGGGUCUGACAGUGUGUCCCUCAGUCCUGUUCAAUUUGAUAGGAAAAUAAGGUAAUUACUUAAUAGAAACCAGGUGUUGUUGGCUUACCUGUUUGUUUACAUCCUCGCUGCAGGAAGAAACUGAAGCCGGCUUCUUGUGACUCAAACAAAUACGUUUUGGGUUUUACUUUGAGAUUAAAAUGAAACACAGUGCCAGUAUAAUGCUCCUAACUAAUCAUGCACUCUUUUUAAAAUAAGGCUGUAGAAAAGCCUGCCGCUCAUGUAUAGAAUUUUUUUUUUUCAGUUUUUAGAACUCCACAGCUGUGACAUAUAAAAAGAGGAACGAUUCUCGGCCGCGCAACAUAUAUGCAAUAUCAGAAAAGCAAUGGGAAAUUCCUGUACUAAGAAAACAGACAGAUUUAAAUGACCAUUUCUUUCUUUUUUACUGCCCGCUUAGCUCCGUAUGUUUGCAGUCAUUCGGAGUGCUUCUGGCUGCAGCUACUCUCAUACUGUGGUGGUCGUGUUCCAUUUUUAUAAGGCUGUGUUGAGGUGCUCAGAGUUCAGGAGCUGCUGUUCCGUUCUAGCUGCCUGCCACAGACACAUGUCUUGGAAGCCACCUUGUGAUCAGCUGCUUUGAAUCCAGUUUCCUUUAGUUGCACUGCUGUGCAUUAUAUGGAGCUGGCACUUCCUAAUAUAGAAAGCUCUGAUUCCAUUCCAUUAUGGAGGUCUGUGGCAGGCAAUGAGAACUCAGGGACAGCUCCGGAGCACUCUCAUCUUCACACAAUGACUGUUGAGUAAUUACAAUAAGAACCGAUAAUGAUUACAAACACCAUGAAAAGGUAAGGGGAAAGUAAAAAAAAGAAGCUAUGAAAAAAUUCAUUUGAAGCUACUUUUAAAUAUGCAACGAACAGAAUGCAAGCAGAAACCCAACAGGAUGGUGUGCGUGUCUGUGUGUGUGUGUGUGCUGGGAGAGUUGUUUUUUGAACUGGACAGGUUCACACUGCUUCGCAAUGGCUGUCUGUGACUUGUGGAAGGGACUUGUUAAAAGCGUGUAGAUGCACUCUUCAGUUCUUUCUGUUUUUCAGGUUUCAGUUCUUGUUUAGCACUCAUGUAUGGGGUGUUGGGAUUGUGUCUCCCAUGCUGUGCCCAUCUCCUAACUUCUUCCAACUCAUUUCCAGUGUCUGAUGUAGCCACUGUCAUGAACCAAGCUUUAUUGUGUAAAAAAAAAAAAAAAAAACAUUUGUUACAGACACCAUUGUGCUAAAAACUAGGCGAUGGAGCCAAAGUGGCUGUAUAGGAAUCCAGUUUCAUAACCUUUAGAACGAUAAAGGACUAAGGGGAAGAAACUGGCUCCAUUGUGGCUCCAAACAUGGUCAGAAUCAUGAACUAAACUGACUUCAGCGGGAGCCAAAAUGGCAGACCUGUAGCUGCAGUUUCCUCACUGUCUGUGCUGUGGGAGUAUAGGAGCUGAUGAAACUGUGCUCCAACAAAACUGCCACAAGGUCUUGUAUAGUACAUCCAUUUUUAAAUAAAGUUUUCCACAAGGAUAUAC